AAUUGUGUGAUUUGUGGUUUUUAUUUGGAAAAUAGUUUAUUUGAAGCUCUUUUUUCUAAUUAAACAUUCAUUUGUGUGACAACAAAAAAGUUGUGCCAGAGUGAGAAACUAUCGGGUCGGAAAGGUGUAAAUUGAGGGUUUUUAGUUCAGAUAAAACAGAACCGGGAUUACACGAAGAGAUCAAGUUUCAGCUGUGAAAGCUUUUUGAAAGUAUUAAUUUGUUGAUUCCAGUGUUACAUGUUAAGCCUACAAAUUUAAAGAGUGAUUAUUGGAUAACUUGUUGGAGCGACAACUGGCUUUGGUGUGUGUGCGUGACCAUUGAAGGUGUGCAAUCGGAUUAUCUAUUGACCGGCGAAACUUUGGCUUCCGACAACAACCGUGACGUCAAUUGAACAGAGAAGAACAUCAACAACUAGUAGCGUGUCCAGCUAGAACUUCCUUAUUUGAGGCAGUCGGACGCGGGCCGACGCCGCAAACUCAUCCAGGGUGGAGAGAAAACUGAAGAGCGGCAAGAUGGCCAGCACGGGCGAUAUCUGGCUGCAGUGGUUCUCGUGCUGUUUCCACCAGCCGCAGAGCCCGCGGCGAAGGCGCCACCACCAGCGGCUGCGGAUAGACCGGUCCAUGAUCGGCAACCCCACCAACUUUGUGCACACAGGUCACAUUGGAUCCAACGACGUCGAGCUGACAACGAACCACCUUUCGGCGAUACAGAACCAGAUGCAGAGUAAAGGGGGCUACGAAAUGAACUCGCUGAGACUGCAGGCCUGCUGAUAAGCGACGCCGUCCGUUAAUUUAUUAUACGCUGUAGUUUGUAAGGUGAUUAAUAUUAAACAUCGCAGUUGGGGCGGUUUCUUUUUGACGAGGCGCAGCAGUAGCGGAGAAUCGUUUAGUUUUAGCCACUAACAAAAAUCAGAAGAGGAAAAAAAACUGUAAUUAUUAAUUAAGAGUGCGAGCUUCCGAGUGAAGAAGAAGUUUUCGGUAGAGCUCCAACAAAUUCGAUGAUUGCUGGUUAGUGUUAAGAUUGGUUUUAAAGAAGCCGAUUUGCGCGCAGCUGCGAGUGAGAAAGUAUGAUAAAGCUAACAUGCGUAGUUUGCGCGUUAAGAUGAGUGUUCCAAUCAAAAACUAAUUCGUUGAUGGUGCUUCACUAAUUAAUGAUUUGAAAUAAAACAGAACGAUUGCAAAGAGCCUGAAACAAAUAGAGCGAGCACGUGUUUGAUGAGUGAAAUGCGUGCGUU